CUGCAGGCUGACACCGGUCUCCCCUCCGGCUGGGAAGUGCGACACUCCAACUCCAAGAACCUCCCCUACUACUUCAAUGCCGCCGAAAAAGUCUCGCGCUGGGAGCCCCCCGCGGGAACCGACACCGACAAGCUGAAGAACUACAUGGCCACCCACCACAGCGCCAGCCUUGGCGCCCGUCCUCAAGCCGUCCCCGUUCCCGAGGGCAAGAUUCGCGCCGCCCAUCUGCUCGUCAAGCACAAGGGCAGCCGUCGCCCUUCGAGCUGGAGAGAGGCUGAGAUCACCCGCAGCAAGGAGGAAGCUCUCGAGAUCAUCAAGGCCCACGAGGACAAGAUCAAGUCGGGCGGAACCCUUCUUGGCGAGCUCGCCCUGACCGAAUCCGACUGCAGCAGCGCCCGUAAGAGGGGCGACCUGGGUUACUUCGGCAAGGGUGACAUGCAAAAGGAGUUUGAAGAUGCUGCCUUUGCUCUGAACCCCGGUGAAAUCAGCAGCGUUGUCGAGACGGCCAGCGGCCUGCACUUGAUCGAGAGGUGA